UCUGAGAGCCAAGCCAAGAACAUUAAGGAAGAGAGGAGGAAUGAGGCUGGAUACAGUGCAGUGAAAAAAGACACUUCAGGGAGAAGGGUACCCACUACUCAGAGACUGGACUGUGUCAUCAAAAUGAGAACUUGCAGAUACUUCUUGCUUCUCUUUUGGGUUGGCCAGCCCUACCCAACUUUCUCAACUCCAUUAUCUAAGAGGACUAGUGGUUUCCCGGCAAAGAAAAGGACCCUGGAGCUCUCUGGAAACAGCAAAAAUGAGCUGAACCGUUCGAAAAGGAGCUGGAUGUGGAAUCAGUUCUUUCUGCUGGAGGAAUACACAGGAUCCGAUUAUCAGUAUGUGGGCAAGUUACAUUCAGACCAGGAUAGAGGAGAUGGAUCACUUAAAUAUAUCCUUUCAGGAGAUGGAGCAGGAGAUCUCUUCAUUAUCAAUGAAAACACAGGGGAUAUACAGGCCACCAAGAGGCUGGACAGGGAAGAAAAACCUGUUUACAUCCUUCGAGCUCAGGCCAUAAACAGAAAAACAGGGAGACCCGUGGAACCCGAGUCUGAAUUCAUCAUCAAGAUCCAUGACAUCAAUGACAAUGAACCAAUAUUCACCAAGGAGGUUUACACGGCCACUGUUCCUGAAAUGUCUGAUGUCGGCACAUUUGUUGUCCAAGUCACUGCAACUGAUGCUGAUGAUCCAACGUACGGAAACAGUGCUAAAAUUGUCUAUAGCAUCCUACAGGGGCAGCCCUAUUUUUCAGUUGAAUCAGAAACAGGUAUCAUCAAGACAGCCUUGCUCAACAUGGAUCGUGAAAACAGGGAGCAGUACCAAGUGGUGAUUCAAGCCAAGGAUAUGGGUGGCCAGAUGGGGGGAUUGUCUGGGACCACCACGGUGAACAUCACGCUGACGGAUGUCAAUGACAACCCUCCCCGGUUUCCCCAGAGUACGUACCAAUUUAAAACCCCUGAAUCAUCUCCGCCGGGUACACCAAUUGGCAGGAUCAAAGCCAGUGACGCUGACCUGGGAGAAAAUGCUGAAAUUGUGUACAGCAUUACAGAGGGAGAGGGGCUGGACAUGUUUGAUGUCACCACCGAUCAGGAAACCCAGGAAGGGAUUAUAACUGUCAAAAAGCUCUUGGACUUUGAAAAGAAGAAAGUGUACACCCUCAAAGUGGAAGCCUCCAACCCUCACAUUGAACCCCGCUUUCUCUACCUGGGUCCAUUCAAAGAUUCAGCCACAGUUAAAAUUAUGGUGGAAGAUGUAGACGAGCCCCCUGUCUUCAGCAAACUGGCCUACAUCCUACAAAUAAGAGAAGAUGCUCAGAUAAAUACGACAAUAGGCUCAGUCACAGCCCAAGAUCCAGAUGCCGCCCGGAAUCCUGUCAAGUAUUCUGUUGAUCGACACACAGAUAUGGACAGAAUAUUCAACAUCGAUUCUGGAAAUGGUUCAAUUUUUACAUCGAAACUUCUUGACCGAGAAACAUUGCUGUGGCACAACAUUACAGUAAUAGCAACAGAGAUCAAUAAUCCAAAGCAAAGCAGCCGAGUACCACUGUAUAUUAAAGUUCUAGAUGUCAAUGACAACCCUCCAGAAUUUGCUGAAUUCUAUGAAACCUUUGUCUGUGAAAAAGCAAAAGCACAUCAGUUGAUUCAGACCCUACGAGCCGUUGACAAGGACGACCCUUACAGCGGGCACCAAUUCUCGUUCUCUUUGGCCCCAGAAGCAGCCAGUGGCUCAAACUUUACCGUUCAGGACAACAAAGACAACACAGCAGGAAUCUUAACUCGGAAAAACGGUUAUAAUAGACACGAGAUGAGCACCUAUCUCCUGCCUGUGGUCAUAUCAGACAAUGACUACCCAGUCCAAAGCAGCACUGGGACAGUGACUGUCCGGGUCUGUGCGUGUGACCACCAAGGGAACAUGCAGUCCUGCCAUGCGGAGGCCCUCGUCCACCCCACGGGACUGAGCACGGCGGCUUUGGUUGCCAUCCUGCUGUGCAUCGUGACCCUACUAGUGACAGUGGUGUUGUUUGCAGCUCUCAGGCGACAGCGGAAGAAAGAACCUUUGAUCAUUUCCAAAGAGGACAUCAGAGACAACAUUGUCAGUUACAACGACGAAGGUGGGGGAGAGGAGGACACCCAGGCCUUUGAUAUCGGCACCCUAAGGAAUCCCGAAGCCAUAGAGGACAGCAAAUUACGCAGGGACAUUGUGCCCGAAGCCCUUUUUCUACCCCGACGGACUCCAGCAGCUUGUGAUAACACCGACGUCCGAGAUUUCAUUAGCCAAAGGUUAAAGGAAAAUGACACGGACCCCACUGCCCCGCCCUACGACUCCUUGGCCACCUUCGCCUACGAGGGUACUGGCUCGGUGGCCGAUUCCCUGAGCUCGCUGGAGUCGGUGACCACGGAUGGAGACCAGGACUACAAUUACCUUAGUGACUGGGGGCCUCGGUUCAAAAAGCUCGCAGAUAUGUACGGAGGGGUGGACAGUGACAAGGACUCCUAAUAUGUUGCCUUUUUCAUUUUCCAGUACGACACUGAAACAUGUGAA